UUGAAAUCAAUAAUAAAAGUAAAUAAUUAUUUGAUUGAAAUCGUGUGAACCGACAAUUUGUGACCAAACAUAAUGGCCAACACAUCGGACACUUUGUUACAGCGUUUGGAGUCUGUCUCGUGGAUGUAUUCAAUCAACUGUCAAAUCCACGGCAAAGACACGACAUUAUUACUUAAAUUUCUGAUUGAAGAGGAUUUUUAUGCAGUGAUGGUAACAGAUAUGACACAAACAUACUUCGAGUGUCUCGAAGGCAAAGAUAUCGACGAACACUAUCGACGUUUCAAUAAAGGAGAGGUUAAACGGGAAAGACUUAUAUCACAUCUCAAGACAUUAUUGACUGACGUAACUAAAGCUUAUGAAUGGCAUUUUGAGACACUUUUGGUUGACUGUCACACAUCACGAUUGACACUCAAAGUCAAGAAUCAGUUAAUUAUUUUGAAGUUUGAGUGGAGUUUUUAUAUGAUUAGCACUAAUCCAGAAACAUUGUCCAAACACGUGACACUUCCCUUAAUACGAUUGAUUGCAUCACUCAAUCACGGCAUUGAUCUCUUGAAGAAGGAAAUCAAAUCAAAGGAUAAAUUGUUGGAUCAAACGGACAACAAAAAAGACGGAUCGGUUUCCGAUGAUUUGGUUAAUAAAAUGUUGACUUAUCAGAGGUCGCUAACCACUGGAGUUAUCGAUAAUUCGGUAAUAAUCGGUUUAUUAGUGGCCGAUGAAACCAUUCACUCAUUAUUGAAAAAUGAAGAAAAUGGUGACCAAAAUGUAGGAAACAGUUGUGAAAAAUCUACAAAAAAUAAUUUACAAACAAAUGUUAAGCAAAAUGCUGACCAAAAUAAUGUUAAUCAGAGCCAAAUAUCAGCAAAUAAAGAGAUAUCGCAGACAACACCACUUGAAACACGAAAGAAGUCACCGACGCGUCAAAACAAGAAAUUAAAACUUUAAAUUUGUAUUAAUUAUCAUUUCAUUUGGUUUCUUAUGUGACCAUCAAUUUGGAUAAUAUCUAUUAAAUUUAAUUUUGAUUUAUUGAUUUUCACCAAUCAAUUCAUAAAUCGUUAUAAUUCACAAAUAAUUCAUUUAUUUUAUAUAUUAUACACAAUACCAAAAAUAUGGUAA